CGCGUGUGUGCAAUUCAUCAGUCGGGCGGCUAAGUUUCUUAUCAAAUCGCGCUCGGCGUUCGCUCUUUUCAGUGUUUGUCUUCGCAAUAUAGAACGGCGCAUCACGUCAUGGCCGCUUUUGGUGCACGGCCGCUGUUGACCGGACUUAUAGCGGGUCUACUUCUUGCACUGCUGUUGCAACAAGUGGUUCAGACCCAAUUGCCGCUUCACAACACUGCGGAACAAACUACAUUGCAGCUACCCUUGUCCGAGUCGAUGGCGCAAGUGCUAAGAAAUACUCUUCAAGCUGCUAGACAGCGCGCGUGGGCCGGUGGAUACAAAAGCGCACGACUCCCCUCUAGCUUCCAGCCCCUCAUACCUUCAUCUUCAAACUUGACACCUCAUACCCUCUUGUCCAGUUCUACAAAGUCUUUCUCGACAACACCAUCCACCAUGUCUGCUCAGAAAUCCUUCAUCGACGCCGUCAAGGACCGCCGUACCAUCUACCAGCUCACUAAGGAGGCGCCCAUUUCAGACAAGCAGAUCCAGGAGCUCGCCGAGAAGGCCAUCCUCCACGUUCCCUCGUCUUUCAACUCUCAAUCCACACGUCUCGUCGUCCUCCUCAACAAGGACCAUGACCAAUUCUGGGACUUCGUUCUCGAGGCCCUGAAGCCUUUGGUACCCGAGGACCAGUUCGCCUCUACCGAGCAGAGGGUGUCUGGAUUCAAGGCUGGCUAUGGAACUGUUCUUUUCUACGAAGACCCAGAGCCCGUUGAAGGUCUCCGCAAGUCUUUCCCGCUCUACGCCCACCACUUCGGCACCUGGAGCGAGCACACCAACGCCAUGCACCAGUACGCUCUCUGGGUUGCGCUCGAGGCCGAGGGCUUUGGCGCCAACUUGCAGCAUUACAACCCUAUCAUUGACCAGAAGGCUGCUUCACACUGGAACAUCCCUCUCGAGUGGAAGCUCAGGUCCCAGCUCGUGUUUGGCGGAAAGGGUGGCGAGGCUGGCGAGAAGCAGUUCCAACAGGUGGAGGGAAAGAGGCUGUUCGUCCACGGCGCAAAGCAGUAGAGGUUUAGGAGUAACGACAAAGACAUGAUCAACACGUGCAUAGCGACUGAAUAAACAUAUUUCGAAUCUACC